AUGAUAAAGGAGAAAGUGAUUUUGAGAAGUGAAGUUUAUCAUGUGUAUUCAUCAGAGUAAUAAGAAAGAAUGAAGGUGUAUUUCGAUUUAUCAGAAAAAUAUCAAAAGUGUUUGGAACCAUGUUAAAAAUUAGUUGAGGGUGAGAUUUGCAAAAAGAAUUGUGAGAAUAUCUUCAACGAUUACACUAAAUUACUACAGCAUCGCUACGAGGGAGACAAAAAGCAAUUAAUUGACGCCAAGGUUUCCGGAUUGCCCUCUUUCGAUAGUUUCAAGAGAAAGGACAGAGGCUUCUUUUAUAAAGUUUUCGGGUUUAAUUUCAGCGAAUUCUGGGAACCUGAUCAAAGACAAAUCAAGCAAAUCUGAAUAUGCAAAACAAUAUAUAUAAAAAAAACACUUUUAAUAU